AUGUUUUCCCGUGUCUCCCGUCGCGUCGCCUACGCCGUCAAGACCAAUGCCACCCGAACCUUUGCCACGCAGACUCGUGCCGUAUCGGCCAUCAAAGCUCCGGCCGCUCUGGCUAUUGCCGCAGCUGCUGGUGUCACGGCCUUCGCGAUGACAGCUACCCCCGUGGCCGAGAACAAGGCCACCGAUAAAUUCACCACGCCCCUAGCUGGUGUCCCCGGUACCUCUACUGAACGCACUUUCAUUGCCAUUAAGCCCGAUGGCGUGCAGCGAGGCCUUGUCAGUGAGGUGAUUGCUCGUUUCGAGAAGAAGGGAUACAAGCUCGUGGCGCUCAAGCUUAUGACGGCGACGGAAGAGCGCGCCAAGGCGCAUUAUGCAGACCUAUCGGAGCGUCCGUUCUUUCCAGGUCUUGUCAAGUACUUUACUUCGGGCCCUAUCGUGUGCAUGGUCUGGGAGGGUACGGACGUGAUUCUAACGGGCCGCAAGAUCCUUGGUGCUACCAACCCCAACCAGGCAGCCCCAGGCACCUUGCGUGGCGACAACUGCAUCUCCACGGGUCGUAACCUUGUGCACGGAUCGGAUGGCCCUGACUCGGCCAAGCACGAAAUUUCCAUGUGGUUCUCCCCCGCGGAAAUGAGCAACUACGAGCGCGCUCUCGACUCAUGGAUCGUCUCGAACAACUGA